AUGACAACAUUUAUAUAAGUCUCCAAGACAUUUUAAAUUAACGAUCCAGACUUUUUCGAUGUGGAUUAAUUUCUCGCUUGCUACGACAAGAAUAGUAAUGAAAAUUAAGCUGCUAAUUUCGAGAGAGAUUCAGUUUAAUCAAACUUAUCAGGGCAAGUUUCAAAAAUUACUAUCUAAGAAAACUUGAUCUCUCCUAAUGAUGAAAUUAUUGCAGAUCAAGAGCAAUGUAUAGGAAGCUUAAAUAAAUAAUCAAAAGAGCAAGAUUAUUCAUAGGAUCAUCAUCAAUUAAACUUUCAGCUAUUUGAAAGAGCAUGCUUUUGUGAUAAAUGUCUAUUAAAUCUUAUGGAGUAUUAAAACGAAGAAGUAUCUGGCAUUAUUGCUAGCUUAACAGAAUGCACUUAAGUAAAUAUGGAGUCAAAAGAAUCCUCUGCCAAUAUAUAUUAGAAAAAUAAAACUUACAUUUAAAAAAAUGCCGCUCUAGAUAUAUAAAGUGGAUCUUUGAACAAUUCUCAUAAGAAAACUCAGGAGAAAAGUAAAUAAUCAAAGAAGAAAGAAAAUUCAAAAAUAAAGAUAAAAUUUGUAUCAGAUAGCUAGCUAAAAAUACUCUAAAAUGAAUUUGAUAAAAAUAAUAAAUGGACAAAAACUAAGAUCUAAGAAUUAGCUGAGAUCACCGGUUUAUCUUAUAGCAAAGUUUACAAAUGGAAUUGGGACAGAAGAGAAGAAAAGGAAAGGAAUAUACUAACGAAUUACAAUAUACUUAAGUAUUCCAAAGGCGUGGUUUUCUAAACUCAAGCUGAAUCCCAAAGUUUAGCUAUUUUGUAAUCUCAAAAUUUAUUUAAAACAGAGAAAAUAGCUUCUCGCUUUUGA